UUUGCAUGCGAGGCUUUGUUCUGUGUUUUUUUUUUUUUUUCUGUUGUGUUCCUUCCAUCAUCCGCACUUGUGUUAUUGCCAUAUUUCCAACUGAAACACUUGCUCAUCAGCAGUCUUUUGUGCCACUGCGUCACAUUGCGAAAUCCCCUGGAAGACUGCACACAAUACGAGCGAAAAGACUUGGAAAUUUUUGAAUUCAACAUUGUGAAGGCGGCCAAGAGAAUGCGACAAUCGUCAUAAUGGGAAACGCGAGAUCGGCUUCGUAUUCUUACCACCAGCCACUGGAGCAGCAAGAAGAAGACAGACAUCGCUCGUUGCCUUCUCCUCUUCAACAUCAAUCUCAGUAUCAGUAUCAACAGUACGGUCAGCCCCGUCGGGCGGUCUCCUCCCGCCGACGCCAUCAGUCCUGUUACUGGAGCAAUGUCGCUUCCGCCGGACUGGAUAGUAGUGGAACCAUUACGGACAGGGCGAACCGGAAUGCGCCGUCAGCGGCUAUCGGAUGUGAUGAUAUUGGAUCGCAAAGAAGAUCCGGUGAAGCCAUGACCAGUGAUGACACGAUGAGCGUCUUCGGUGGAUGUUCAGCUGAGAAUUCGGAACCGACGCCUCUGCCGUUCGUGCGGCAUCGGAACCUACCGAUCCGGUUGCCUCGUAUCAACGUCAACAAAGAAUCGUGGUCGCAUCAGUCGUUUCAUAACACAUUGAACAAGUGCGGACGGCAUAAAAGCCUUUCUUGCUCCAUGAUGCACGGGCGGACGUUGCCGACUAAGGACAGCUGUCCGUCUCCUGUGUUCGCCAACGCUGCCCGCCUCCACGUUAAUGGCUGCUCCACUCUGCUAAAUGGCGAGGCGAUGAGAUCGAAAACGCCUACACCCUUGCCAACGCCCCCAGCCCAGGCGUCGGCCCUUUCCCUUCGUGACGGGAAGAAAGACGAUCACGCCUCAGGCGAUCAAGAGGGCCGUUUACGAGGCGCCGUUAGCUGCGCCGCUCUGCUCCUUCAAUGCGAGCCAACAGAGGCGAGAAUCGAUCGAUCGACGAUGAGUGCACGCCGUCGUGAAUCGAGCGAUUCGCGUGACACGCAGCUGUGUGUCAACAAUAACAAACUUCAGGCGCCCGACGGCUGGAAAGUCGGCCAAGAUUCAACUGUUGGCAACAUUCCGUUUCGUCGCCAAUUCCUCAGCAUGAGAUCGUACCAAAGCCAGAAGCGACCGCUUGUGCUGGCUCGAUCCAGUUCCGUCCGGACAAGGUCGUCUUAUUCAGUGCCCAUUUUGACGGAAUUGGAAGGCCAGUUUUCUGAGAACACAUGCAAAGCCAAACACUAUUUGGAAAUGGCCCGUAUAAAGAAGCAGAGCGUUGAGCAGAGUCUGUCGACCGCCUACAACGUGGCCAAUUUAUUGCACCAGCCGUUAAUUGCACCGCCAGUGACUCCGAUAAUGACCGAAGAUUCGGUUCAUCAUACCACGAAUAUCGGCCAACAGUUCGAACAGCAACAGUCGGCGGCAAGGUCCGGUUUGCACAAAAGUUGGACAUCCAUAAGCCAAGAAAGCUUAGGCGAUGCGGAAGACGAAGACGGUGGUUACACGACGACGUUGACUGUUGGCGACAAUGGCAGUUUGCACAGUCGUUUCUCAGAUUCCUCUUACCUGACCAUGUUGACGGCCAAUACGUCCCUAUCCAGCGGCUAUCACGGCCCAGCUUCGCUGACGGGCGAUGGCCAUCCAGCGUCUUCUUCGUGUUCCGAUGAGGAGGAUGACAACGACGAGUUUUAUCAACACCAACAACGUCAUCAAAUGAUGAUGUCGAAUUGUGAUGGAACGACAUCCGGCAUGUUCUACCUAGAAUGGCUGCGGCAAGUGACGGGAAGCGUUCCCGCCUACGUGGAGCUAAGGCAGGGCCGUUUGCACUUGAAAUUGAUACAAGAUGAUGUUAUGGAGCACAUCGACGGCGCCGUCAAAGUCAGCGAGAUCACCGAACUUCUUCGGGCCGAAUACGGCAUCGUGACCGGUGGACGCUCCAGAGAGGGCCGGCCAAUCAUCACAUUCCCGGACAGGUGCAACUUUGCCACCCUCACCGAAGAUAAUUACAGGAAGUUGAUUGUUUACCUGACCUCGGUGCCAGCGUUACACGAUGCGGAUUUGGGUUACGUUCUCAUCGUCGACCGUCGUUCGGAUCGCUGGAACGCUGUCAAAGCCACUCUGUUGCGGCUUUCGAAUUUCUUUCCCGGGUUGAUUGCCGUCGUUUACGUCCUCCGGCCGUCUGGCCUCCUCCAAAAGGCCAUUUCCGAAGUCAGCAAUAAAUUUUUCCGUGAAGAUUUCAAAUUCAAAGUGGUCGUUUGCAGCUGCCUGGACGAGUUGCACCAGCGGAUCGAUGCUAGUCAGUUGACGACCGAGCUGGGCGGUGCCUGUUUGUUCUACGAUCACCAAGAAUGGAUAGAUACCCGUGUCUCGGUCGAAAGCUUUUCAGCAAACACGGCAGACAUCAGUGCCGCCUUGCGCAAGUUCUCGCGCCGUCUUCAGGACACUGAGUUACCCAAUGACGUGCAGAGUACUCAGGCCGUUUUGCAACACCAAGGCCAAGAAUAUGCCAGUCUCAAAAUGGAGCUGAAUAACGCCAACGCACAAGGCGAAACAUUAUUAAACUUGAUCAAAAAACCAGCUCCGCUUUCUACACCCGGACGCCGAAGCGAACCCUGGCUGGGUCAACUAGUCAACAUCACCACUGUAGAGAGGCUAUUAAUUCAAAUGGAUGAAACGCAAAGGACAUUGGACGAGUUCUGGAACAAGCACGCCUUCCAUCUCAGACUUUGCCUUCAACUUCGUCAGUUUGAACUCGAUUUCAGAGAGUUGCAGGUUGUUCUAAACGAAGAUAUCCAGGCCGUGUCGGACUUUGAAAGCGAUGGUGAUUCAGUCAGUGCAAUCGACGCAUUGCUCCAACAGACUCAUGAUUGCCGAACCCGUUGCCAGCUGGAUCUAGAUCGAGCCGACGCGCUCUACAGUCACGCAGCCAAACUUAUGGCCGAUUACGCCGACAGCCCUGUCGUCUUGGACUCUGUCCGGCCCAAGAGCAUCGAAUUACAGCGAGUGAGCCAAGCGUUACGAGAUCUGUUUAUUCAACGUCUCGAAUCUCUGGAACGUUCUCGCGAUUUGUAUAAUCGUAUUGAAAAGGCCAAUCGUUGGUGUUCGCAAGGCGUCGAUCUUUUGGCGUCGCAACAGCUGGAGAAAUGCUCUUCGCCCGAGUUUGCCGCACAAGCGCUGGCCGAUAUCGAACAGUUUCUUACGUCGGCUUCCGAGUUCCGUGAUCCAACACAAUUUCGUAAUAUGUUCCAGGAUAUAAUAACACCCGAAACUAAGUCUUUAAUCAAUCAGGUGAUUCAACGCCUUCAGGACGUGCAGGUGAUGUGUGAUAGACGAACCGUAGGUCUUCGACAAAUUGUGACCCGCGCACGAGUCGUCCGACCAGUUCAAACGGUUCCGCCAGAACCGUCCACUUUGGUACGUUCUGGUUCUCACAGCAGCGUCCAGGGACCCAAAGAGCCUUUAACUUCAGAAGUCGACAAUAGUUCACCACCGGUCAGUGCCAACAUCAAAGUACGCCAUGUCUUAACUGAACUGCUGGAAACGGAGAGGAUUUACGUCAACGAAAUCAGUAUCGUCUUGAAGGGAUACAGGGAUCAGUUGAUGGAUCCAGAUCCUUAUCAAUCCGGCCCUUACCAAGUCCCGGUGCAGUUGGUAGACAAGACGGACGUCCUCUUUGGCAACUUGCCCGAAAUCUGCGCGUUUCACGGUCAGAUUCUUCUGCCAGACUUGGAGAGUAGUCUCUCUAGCCCACAGCUAGUCGCUUCCUGUUUUCUCAGACAUACGGAAGAUUUGCACUCCUUGUACAGCUUCUACUGCCAGAACAUACCGCAAUCUGAAGAACUGCGUCGUCAGGUUGGAGAAAACAAUCCGUUCCUUCGUCAGUGCCAAACGAGCCUUGGUCACAAACUUCCACUCAGUGCCUACUUGCUCAAGCCUGUCCAGAGAAUUACCAAAUAUCAGCUCUUGCUUAAAGAUUUGAUGAAGUACAGCCAGUCUACCCUUGACUCCUCUGAAGAUGUCCACCAUGACGAUAACGACCUCCAAUCGGCCCUAGGCGCCAUGUUGACUGUUGUCCGUUGCGUCAAUGACAGCAUGCACCAAGUGGCCAUCACUGGUUACCAAGGAAGUCUUGCCGAGCUGGGUCGAUUGCUACUUCAAGGUGGAUUUAGCAUGUGGGCUGAGGGGAAACGUGACCGUUUGCGGGAACUGCGGCUAAAACCGAUGCAGCGUCAUGUGUUCUUGUACGAACGGGGCGUCGUUCUGUGUAAACGCGUCGGUAAAGAAAUGGACAAGGCUACUUACCAAUUCAAACACCUCCUGAAGAUGUCGGAAGUUGGCCUGACGGAAACGGUUCACAGCGGAAAAGGCAGCGACGCGCGCAAGUUUGAACUUUGGUUGCAAGGUCGUCACGAAGUUUGGGUGUUGCAAGCUCCUGCCCGUGAUGUCAAAGAAACUUGGAUUACUGAGAUCAAACGUGUUCUACUUAAUCAGUUUCAUCAGCUGAAAGGUCAGACGAUCGCGCAAACAUCAUCGUCAAGGACGGGACCGACAUUAUCAUCGAUUGGUGCCAGUGGCGUCGUCGCACCGGCUGGAGGCGUUCAGAAAAUGAUCCAAAUUUCGUCGUCCAUCCCCAACGGAGCACCGCAUCCGUCUUCUCCCUACGGUCCAAAAUCCCUACGCCCGGCGUCAUCUUGUUCAUCGUGGGAAUACAACAACAGCACAGCCGGAAGUAGUAGCAGCAGCAGCGGUGUCAGCAGCACUGGUGAUCGCAGUUCAAUUGUGGAUACGAGUGCAUCGAGUACAAUAUCGAGGGCAUCAUCCGGAAGCCGGAUGCUGCGUUCCACCACCGUCGACGAGGAUGACGGAUGGAGCACCGACUUUUCCCUCAGCGACGAAGACAUGGGCGAAACUUAUCUCGAUCACGUCGAGGACGCUACACAUUCGUUACGUCGCCGUUAUGUUGUAUUGGCCGACUACGCCCCUCUGGGACCGACUGAGGCUGGCCUUCGUGAAGGAGACAUCGUCGAUCUUGUUCGUGUUGGCUGCGCGGGUUGGUGGUAUGUCCGGCCGUCGUCAGUGGGUAACACUUCGUCGCAAGAAGGAUGGGCACCGUCUGCCUACCUGGAAAUGGCCCCCGCGCCGGCCAUCAAAUCGCCUUGCAGUUCUGGUACGCCGUCGCCGUCGGUCAGCAGCCAGGACAGCGAACACGAUCUCCUACAGUAGGAAAACAACACAUGGAAAAUGGAUUUCUUUGGCAACCUAAAGCCGCUUUGCUUUAGUCUUCAAACGAGCCAUUUUUGUUUUAGUUUUGCAGAGACUUUGUAUAUAUCGAAACAACCUAGUUCGGAAUCUUUCGCCAAUCGCCAGCUAGAUGUCUGUGUCUGUUUCAAAUUUCAUUUGAUAAAGCAUUUGUUUGUGUUUUUUUCUUGGAAAUGCUUCCAAUUUCCUUUACCACUUAGAAUUGAAUAGCCUCAGCUGUUUAAUUACGUACUUGCUCCUCCCUUUUUUGUUAUUUCAUAUACAAAAUUUCUGUACGUGUUUAUAUAAGCUACUCGUGUAUGUAGUGUACCUGAGCCCUACCUCUUGUAUCUCAUGCUGCUACGUAAUGCAUAA